UCAACAUCUUUCAAAAUACCUGGGGAGCUGUUUAUGGAAAAUAAUACACGGAGAACCCCCAGGAUUUUUUGGGGGUGCUUCGAUCAAGCACCCCUGCUUCCAUUCAAUUCCCAAGGCGAAGGCCAAUUAAUGUGGGCUGCAUGGGAUGCGAUGGGGGGGGGGGGGGGGGGGGGAGAGACGCACGUGACAUCAGAAAUGGCUGACAAAAACAAAGCGGGUGUUUCGAACACACGAACAGAAGGAAUCACUCUCAAUAAGCAGGCAUUGCAAGCAACCAAAGACGAUAAUGCAUCUGUUCCUGUUCCUGGAGGCAUUAGUGAAUCUAUGAUGAUGGACAUCGAUGACUCCAAGAGUGAGACAACAAGUCAGUCUCACGACAGCACCAACUCCAGAUCGGAAACCCCAACCAGUAUGGUUACUACAGGCUCAGAUCAGGCCCUCGUAGCCAAGAGAUGGGCAAGGGGUAGAUGGAAGUCAAAGAAAUGCAAGUGGCAGUUCAAGUAUAGCUGUCACGUUAAGGAGGACCAUGGACAGCCAAUAUUUGGAGUAAUCUUCAAUCCGUAUCGGAAGGAAAACGACCCAAAUGUCUUCUGUUCAGUCGGUAGUAAUCGUGUUUCGAUCUACGAGCUUCACGACGACGGAAAGAUAAAACUGCUACAGAGCUAUGUGGAUACAGACUCUGAUGAAAACUUCUACACCUGUGCAUGGACGUACGAAGAAAGAACGGGACUCCUUCUCUUAGCUGUGGCAGGCUCCAGAGGCGUCAUCAGAAUCAUCAGCCCAAUAACUCUACAAUGUAUCAAGCAUUUCAUCGCCCAUGGCAACGCAGUAAAUGAAUUGAAGACACACCCGCAUGAUUCUAACCUACUUCUCUCAGUCAGCAAAGAUCAUUCAGUCAGAUUGUGGAAUUUGAAGACAGACACAUUGGUUGCCAUCUUUGGUGGGGUCGAAGGUCAUCGAGACGAAGUACUAUCAGGGGACUUUGACAUCGAUGGUCUAAGGAUAGCAUCGUGCGGUAUGGAUCAUUCCCUCAAAAUAUGGAAUUUACAGAAGGCAAAUAUUCAAGAAGCAAUCCAGGAGUCACACGCAUACACCGCAUCUAAGACAAAUAAGCCAUUCAAGUCUCUGUAUGUGAACACACCUGACUUCACAACUCGUGACAUCCAUAGGAACUAUGUUGAUUGUGUGCGCUGGCUGGGUGACUUUGUGCUUUCCAAGUCUUGUGAGAAUUGCAUCGUUUGUUGGAAACCAGGCGGUAUCCAUGACCCCGUAGAGAUCAUCAAGCCUUCCAUGUCAGAGGUCACUGUCUUGACCAGGUUCAACUACACCCAAUGUGACAUCUGGUUUAUGAGAUUUAGCAUGGAUUACAGGCAAAAGAUCCUCGCCCUCGGCAAUCAGGUCGGCAAGAUUUUUGUGUGGGAUCUAGAGAUGGACGAUUGCAUCAAACCAAAAUGUGCCACAUUCACCCACCCCAAGUGCAUCUCGGCCAUUCGUCAAACGGCCCUCAAUCCUAGUGGCAAUAUUCUCCUUGCUGCGUGUGAUGAUGGUACUAUCUGGAGAUGGGAUCGCACCAAAUAAAUCAACAAAACCUGUCAAACUCUGAUCAUACCUAGUCUGUCUCACCUAUCAGAUAAAUGGCCCCCAAACCCAAAUGGUAACAUUCUUCUGGCUGCUUGUGAUGAUGCCACCAUCUGGGGAUAGGAUUGCACCCAAUAAAUACUCAGAAUGAUUAAAACUCUGAUUAUGACAUUGACAAGCUUAUCUCGGCUAUCCAUUAAAACAGCCUUAAAUCCUAGCGACAACACAUGCUCCUUGCUGCAUGUGUUGAUCUGGAGGUAGGAUCACACCAAAUGAACACCUGAACUGUUCUGUGGUCAUUAUGAGUGUCUCAGCUAUCCGUUAAACAACUCACAUAUCCGAGCAAUAAUACAGUAUUCUCCUUGCCACAUGCAAUGCCGAUAGGUGGGAUCACACUAAAUGAUAAAGCAUCUAGAACUUCAAUCAUCCCCAAACAUGUCCCCGCACUCUGUCAAAUGUCCUAGUGGUAGUAUACUUCUUGCUACGUGUGAUGACAAUACCAUCUCGAGAUGAGAUUAUACUAAAUAAACAAUUGAAAUGUCUAGAACUCUGGUCAUCCCGUGUGUCUCGGCUAUCCGUCAAAUGGCCUGUAAUCCGAACAGUAACUUCUUUGCUGCAUGUGCCAAUGGUGUCUAUUUGAGAUGGGUUUACACCAAAUAAACAAUCAAAACCUUUGGAACUGUAUGCAUGUAGUAUAUGGCCGAGUGUCAUCCAAUAAAGUUAUUGAUGAAUUCCCACUUGGUGUUAUUCCACUGAUUCGAAAGCCCAUUUGGGGCCUUGUUUCACAGAGAAUUUAUAAACACCAUAUAAACUGUGUCAGUAUGGUGACCUUAGAUCUGAUUGGCUGCUGAGUCCUGUUACCAUGGUAGUUACCAUAAUGGCAACUAGGAAGCAAUUUAUGAAAUGGCACCCUUGGGGUGUUUCACAAAGAUUUAGGGUGACUAAAUGCCGACGCGCACGCAAUCUGAUUUAUGGAACGUGGUAGUGCGCAUGAUCUGAUCAAAACAUAACUGAUUUUGCUUAAGAAGUUGUCUUCAAGCAUAUAAGCAUAUUUUUGGUAUGAGAGAAUUUUGAUUUAGUAUGUAAUCUUAUCCUCUGGUUAUCUUAAUCUGUAAAAUAAUUGCACCCCAUUUCUCCAAGUGUCUGACAGCGCUGUAUAUAGCAAAAGGCAUCAUGACUACUCAUCUACUUGUACAAUGUACCAUACAUUGUGAAUUUUUGUUUAUUUGUAAAAUAAAAGCACUCUUUGUAAGAAAAGUAACUUUUAAGUUUAUAGUUUGUUCCUUCAUGGUGUUUGUAAUUUCAUUGAAGUUUUGAUAAAGAUGUACAUGUAUGUCAGAAAUUGUCCAGAAAUGAUGGCAAAUUGCCAAUUCAUCUAUUGCCAACUCGUCCAUUCAUCACAUGGUCUACCUUCAUUUAGUCUAAUGCCAUUCCAUCCAUCACCAUUUCGUCCAAUCAUCACUUUGUCUAAUCACCAUUUCGUCCCAUAACCAAUUGGUCUAAUAUCCAUUUUCUUUUCAUUCAUUUUGCACAAUAACACUUAGUCCAAUUAGACCAAAUGGUAUAUUGAAUAAAUGGCUACUGGACCAACUGGUUAUCAGACGAAAUGGUGAGUGGACGAAAUGGCAAUUUGACCAUAUGGAUAGUGGACGAACUGAUGGUAUACAAGUUGGUAAUUGGACGAAUUGGCAUUAGACCAGUUGAAAAUAAACCAAAAUGAGAUGUUUCUUGACCAUGUGGCCGUUUCAUAAAGCUGUUCUUAGGUUCGUUAUGGCUUUACACACGACUGGCGACUCAUUUCUUGUGCUUAAUGGAUAUCCUACAUUUCCUGUGUUAACAUAUUAGUGGUAGCGCACUUCCUAUAUCCCUAAUUUAAAUAAUAAAUGAUAAUUAUAAUAUCCUCCAUUUAUGCUGCAGUCACAUUUCACCUAGUAGGUGUAGACUAGACCAAAUGGCAAUUUACCACCACUUGGAGUGCAUAAUGACAACUACAUUGUUUGAAUAAAUCACACACACAAAAAAAUCAAAAUCUUAAUACUUUUGUCAUAAAGGAAUUUAUUUAAAAAAAAUUUCACUUUCAUUGUGCCCGUUAUUUUACUGAAUAAUAUGAAACAAAAUGUAAUAGCAAGACAUUUGAUAUUAGCAUGUUCUGUAUUGUGCGACAAAUCAUUUUUGACAAAUUUCGUGGGUACUCUUUCCUAUACCUUAAAAAAAGUAUACCCAAAUUUUCAACACUGGAGAUAUCAAAAGUUACACAUUUCAAAUAGUUGUCUAUUAUCAUGUAAGCUUUGAAGUCUUAGACUGUUCUAAUAAUAUA